AUGUCAGUAUAUGUUGAUGAGGAUAGACUGGAUCAAGGAACAAUUUCAUCCCAAGCUACUGUUAAUGUCGCAAACAAUAUUGAGAUCGAUAAUAAGAUUGUUUCAUAUCAAGAAAAACGAGACACAAUAAUUUCAAAGAUAUUGUUCGCUCUCGGAUUCUUCUUGCCUGCUAUUUGGCUGAUUAGUUUGGUAUGGGCUAGAAAAACUAAAUAUAGAGAAGUAUAUAGAUGGAGAAGAUAUUCUAUCAUUGCAUUUUCAUUGUUGGUGAUAGUUCUCUUUUGUGUUGGUUGGAUUGCUAUCAUUGUAUUCUCCUUAAUUCCAUAUCCUGACCCAAGUAAAUUUAAUGAUGUAAUGGUUAAGUCAAUGUACUUAUAUCCUGGGGAAUUGAUAGCAAUAAUUUGGGGAUUUUUAAUUCUUGGGGUGGUUAGUUAUGAGUUUAUUAAGGAAAUGUAUUGGAAAAUUAAGAAACUCAAACAAAGAAAAUAA